AAGAUUAAAAAAUUGAUUUAUCUAUCCCUGUGUGGGAAAAAAAUCUGAUACCCAUGUGCAUGUGCUAUCCACCCCAUAUUUAUACCCUCACAAACUCAUCCCAUUCCUCUUUGCUGUUGUCUGUUGCGUUGCCUCUUUCAUUUCAUUCCUCUCUUCUCUGCCAAAACGAUGCCGUUUGCUCUGGAAAAUAACGGAGUUACCAUCGGACGCUCCUCCUUCGUCCACUGCGUCUCCAUCUGCGAUCGCGGUUUUCCGCCCGAAGAUUCCGACUCCAGCUCCGACUCCUCCAUCGGAAGGAACACCACCUCGUCGGAAGAUUCCUCUGACCGGGAAGACGCCGCCGAAGUGGAGGUUCAGAGCUCCUUCAAAGGCCCUUUGGAUACCAUCAACGAUCUAGAGGACGAUUUGCCUGUCAAGAAAGGCAUAUCCAAGUUUUACAGUGGCAAAUCCAAGUCCUUCACAAGCCUAGCAGAUGCUGCAGGUGCAACCUCCAUGCAAGAGAUAGUGAAGCCAGAGGAUCCUUAUGCCAAGAAACGCAAGAACUUAAUAGCGCGCCACGUGUCGAUUGAGAGGAGCCGCAGUUGUGCAGAUAACAUUGGUGGAAUAUCAAAGCGACCCGCCAACAUAGGUCGAGGAGCAUCUUGUCUGAAUUUGAGCAGCAGUGAAGAGGGCAAUAGUAGCUCCACAUCAAUAUCUCCUCCCUGCCCUCUUCCUCCUCUUCAUCCACGAGCCAAUAGGUCAUCACUGCCUCAACCUUCUGCCGCACGAAAUUCUCCUUGGAGGUCAUAUUCUUGGACUGAUCUGCACUCUGUUGCUGAGGCGCAUGAUAUAUCUGGUUUGGCCAUUUGUAGUGGAAACUAAGUGCAUUCAAUUUUUGACACAAAUAUAACCCUUUUAGUUGGUAGCUGCCUGCCAGUGAGUUUAGUUCACAUUCGAGUUUGUUUGUGAUUGUAAUGGCACGGUACUUUGUGAACUCCUCAAUGUCCUGUCCUAUGUGUACCCAACUGACUAGUCUCUUCUGUUCUGUUGUAUAUUAUAUCUCAGCUUUUGCUUAUCUUUCCCUCCUGCUGCAAUGCAAGCCUACUUAUUAAGUUGA